AUGAACACACAUCUCGAACCGUCAGAAGUGCUCUUGUACCAAUCUCACCAUCCCAUCAGCCUCGCCGAAGCCGCCAUCGCUUCAUUUGACACAAAGACACCACGCAGUGCGCAGAUGGCCCAGCAGCUCCCAGCAUGGUUCUUGAAAUUCCAGAGACAAGUCGACCAAAAAGGUGAACACACAACGGAGCUUACUACGCAGCUGAUGAGAGAAGGAUGGGCGCUCGUCUCCAAAACCUUUUUCCUGGACUCUGUGAGUGACGUCCCGGUUUCUUGGGACUCGAAUCUUCUGUCUAGAAGCGGCAGCCGGGGAGAGACAAGUGGCGUGGGCCAAGCCGUGAUGGUGAAGCUCUACCCAUACAAGACUGCCCGGAUGCUUCUCAAUACCAUGGCACAUGAAGCCGCGCACGCUUUCAUCUCCAUGUACAGCUGCCACAACGAGGUCUGCGGAGACGCUGCGUGUGUGAAGGAGAAGGGGGUUAGCAUGGGAGUGAAGGGACAUGGGCUCGCUUGGAACAUGUUGGCAAUGGCAAUUGAGCGUGCGAGUGAAGUCUUCCUUGACUUUCGGCUGGAUCUGGGACGAGCAAGCUCUUCGAGGGACGAGCAUGAGCUUCUGGACAGAGAUCAUGCGGUGGAAGCGUUGUUUGGUGGAGUAGAUCCUCGUCGCGACAUCCCUCACCCGAACCACUGA